AUGCCGUCCCCGUCAAAGCAGCGGAAGGUUGCCAUUGUUGGCAGCCGAUCCGCAAAUCUUCCCUGGCGGUACAGUUCGUCGACGGCCACUUCGUCGAGAGCUACUAUCCCACCAUCGAGAAUACCUUUAGCAAGGUCAUUCGAUUUAAGGGUCAGGACUAUGCUACUGAAAAUUGUCGAUACCGCCGGCCAAGAUGAGUACAGCAUCCUGAACUCGAAACACUUCAUCGGCAUCCAUGGCUACAUGCUAGUGUACUCGGUCUCCUCGCUACCAUCCUUCGAGAUGGUGCAGGUCAUCCGCGAGAAGAUUCUCAACCACCUUGGCACAGAUUGGGUCCCAAUUGUCAUAGUAGGCAACAAGAGCGACUUGCGCCCUGAGCAACGCCAGGUUAGCCAGGAAGACGGCAAGAAGCUGGCGGAGAAAUUCAACUGCGGAUGGACUGAAGCCAGCGCGCGUUACAACGAGAAUGUCGGUAAGGCCUUCGAGCUCCUGAUUGCCCAGGUGGAAAAGUCACAGAACCCGAACGAAGCAACAAACGAGGGAAAGUGUCAGAUGAUGUGA